AUGGAAGAAUCUGCCAGAGUUCAAUAUAUCUAUCUAUAUCAUCCAUCUAUAUCUAUCAUCCAUCUAUCAUAUCUAUAUCUAUCUAUCUAUCAUCUAAUCCAUCAUAUCUAUCUAUCUAUCUAUCUAUCUAUCUAUCAUCCAUCUAUCCAUAUCUAUCUAUCUCAUCUAAUUCAUAUCUAUCUAUCUAUCCAUCUAUCUAUCUAUCUAUCUAUCUAUCUAUCUCAGUCUAAUUCUAUAUCUAUCUAUCUAUCCAUCAUCCAUCUAUCUAUCUAUCUAUCUCAGUCUAAUUCAUAUCUAUCUAUCUCAUCUAUCUAUCUAUCCAUCUAUCUAUCUAUCUCAUUCAUCUAUCUAUCUAUCUAUCUCAGUCUAAUCAUCUAUCUAUAUCUAUCUAUCAUCUCAUCUAAUUCAUAUAUCUAUCUAUCUAUCUAUCUCAAUCUAAUUCAUAUCUAUCUCAUCUAUCUAUCUAUCUAUCUAUCUAUCUAUCUAUCUAUCUAUCUAUCUCAUCUAAUAUCUAUAUCUAAUUCAUAUCUAUCUAUCUAUCUAUCUAUCUAUCUAUCUGUCUGUGAGAAGUCUAGUUAUCUUUUUAGCUCUUAUUCGACAAUUAUCUAUCAAAAUCUAUCUAAAGGAUAA